AUGGCUGAAUAUUCAAGUGAUCCUGACAAUAUAUCUGAAAAUAUUGGACGAAAUGAAGAAGAAGAUCAGUUUUCCCCUGACGACGAACUGCUAACUAUAAAAAAGAAAUUUAUUUAUUAUUUCUCAUGUCACUGGCGGGGAUUACUAUGUGCAUUUUUGCCCAUUGUUUUAAUACCUAUACAGUUAUCGUUUCCGCCUAAGGGAUAUGAGAUAUGUGCUUACACUCUUGAGUUGAUGGCCAUAUUUUGGGUAACGGAAUGUAUUCCUCUAGCGGUUACCUCUUUUCUACCCGUUGUGAUUUUCCCUCUUACGGGAAUAAUGAGUACAGCAGAAACUUGUGCUUGUUACAUGAAUGAUUCUAUUAUGAUGUUUCUAGCUAGCAUGUGGCUUGCUUAUGCAAUAGAACAAUCAGGAUUACACAUCAGAUUAGCGCAUCAUGUCAUUCGUUGUGUGGGCUAUUCUCAUUACAAGUUAUUGUUUUCUAUGUCCUUUACUACAAUGUUUGUCUCGAUAUGGAUAACAAAUACCGCUGCUACAACAAUGAUGGUGCCCAUAAAUUUUGCAAUACUGAAAGUUUUUGAGGAUCAAAAUUUACUUCAAAUUUAUGAAGAAGGGUCUCAUGGGGAGAAAGUAGCAUCAGAUAUUGCAACUUGCUAUUUCUGUGCUGCUACUUUAUCAGCAAGUAUAGGUGGAAUUGGAUCUUUAGUGGGAACCGCUACUAACUUGGUUUUUAAGGAACUAUUUACAAGACUUUACCCAGAUGCUCCAGAAUAUUUGUCAUUUCCAAAAUUUUCGGCCUUUACAAUACCUUUUAUGGUGAUAAUGGAAUUAUUUUGCUAUUUAUAUCUUAUCGUCGUCUAUUUUGGAUACUUGAGGCCAAAAAGUAAAGCCGCAAGGAAUGCAGAAAUUACCGAAUCGGGAAUGGAAGCAGCGAAACAAGCUGUUGAAGAAAAAAUUAAAGAAAUAGGUUCAAUAACUAUGUGGGAAAUUUUUGUCUUGAUACUCUUUACCGGAGCAAUACUGUUAUUCUUUUCCCGUUCACCUCAAAUUUUUGUCGGUUGGGGAGAUGCUAUUUCCAAUUCUUUUGGGAUUAAAGAUGUAAAGUUCGUCCGAGACUCAGCAGCUGCUGUUUUGGUAGUGUUUUUGAUGCUGCUCAUUCCGUCAUCAUUGAAGUUUUUUGACAAUUUUAGGGCAAAAACAUAUGAAGAAUUUCCGGACAAACAAUUACCAUCAGUACUUCUUUGGGAUAAAAUGAAUGAAGUAAUGCCUUAUAGCUUUAUGUUUUUGUUAGGUGGUGGUUUCGCUCUUUCUAAAGCUGCAAAAAGUGACUAUACCGAUCUCAAUGGAAAAAUAGGAAAAAUUCUAAAGAACUUUAGAUAUCUGCCCAAUCCAUUAGUACUUUUGUUAAUAAUUAUCGUAACUGUAUUUAUAACAAACUUUGCUUCAAAUGUUGCAGUUUGUAAUGUCAUAGUGCCGAUUGCAAUGCAGCUGGCAAGGGAAAUUAAUAGAAAUCCGCUUUGGUACAAUCUUGCCGCUGGUUUAUCUUCAUCUUAUGCAUUCUGUGUGCCCGUCGGGACGCCAGGGAAUCUCAUAGUUCAAGGAGCGGCAAAUAUACCAACAUCAAAAAUGAUAAAGGCAGGUAUUGGAGUUUCGUUUUCAAGUAUCUUUGUAACAUGGUUAGCCGUUUGUUUUUGGGCACCAAUAAUAUGGCCUGACUUAUCGACAUAA